AUGCUUCGCCCAUUAAGUCACCAUACUAGCCUUGUUUAUGUAGCUUCUUCAUCUUUUAAUCAAAAUGCUUUAUUUUCUACUGGUCUCGGUCGCGGUUCAAUGGAUCAAAUUACCCUUGGAGGAAAAUCUAUCUCUUUAAGUCAGAGGUUAAGAAAUAAUUCCGAAGUAAACGGUAAUAAAAGGUUUGAGACAAAGGAGACAAAGGUAACUGUUCGACCCGGUCAAUUUGAUGAUGCGAUUGAGGAAGGGAAAAAAACAUUUCAAUCUUUAGCCGAGCCAAUUCAAGAACCACUUAAACAGAUGUAUGAAGAAUAUAAAUCAUCAUCACCACCACCACCAUUAAUUCGCGAAGGAAGUGCUAACCAACGAAAACCAGAUAAUAAUCGAGGAACGCACAAAACAUUAAUGAAUAAUUCGUCACGGAACGAUUCAAAGAUGAAUCAAAGGAACCGAUAUAAAAGAAAAUCGGAACCCCGGUCAAGAUUACCACCACCGCGACAAACUGAUUUUGUGGUGCAAGAUAUCAAUUGGUCGAAUUUUAUCAAUUCAAGUACGAACAAAUUAGUUCCAAAUACUUUGGAGAAUAGUCAAGAGGAACAAGCGGCAAAACGGUUAGAAUUGGAGGGUGGUGAUUAUGAUCGUUACCUUUCAUUUCCAAAAUCUAUGCAAGGAAAUUUCAACCUUGACAAUAAUUUAUCUAAUUCUUUACAAAAAGUCAUAGGUCAGAAUCCUUCUUAUAACCUUUCAGAAAAAAAAAUGUUUUAUGAAGCUUUGUUGCAAAAUUUGAAAAGUUCAACGCCAGUAACAACAUCAAAAAAAUAA